UCCAUCUUAGUUGAAUAAUAAUACAUAAUGUGUCUAAUUUUGAAUCAAUAUUCCGAAAAUCUCGUUGUCUUCUCGGGGUCAGGUUCAUAUGUGAGUUUCGUUGUAUUCAAAAAUUAUGCUACCAUAGCAUACCUAUCGCUCGAGCACACCAGCAUACGCAUAAUACAUUCGCAUAUGUAUUGAUGCCAUCCUUUCACCAGUUAAUGUUUACCUCCCCCCAGUUACUUGCAGAAGUUUUAUGAUGCCGGUGUUGCUCGCCAUAAAAAUAUUAAAAUACCCAAAUGGUGAAUAUACUAUCUAGUUCUAAUACAAAAUAUCACACCUCACCAUGGACUGGGCCGCUCUCCCACUCGAACCAUUGGAAUCUAUUCUCGGGAUGCUGGAGUUCAAAGAUCGACUUACUUGCACAUUAGUAUGUCGCAGCUGGAAUGAUGCUCUGUUCAGCUGUCCUGCGUUGGCCACGAGAAUCGCCCUAGUGAUUGGCAGCUAUCAGUCGAGUUGAAUAAGAGUGAAUCAAAUUCCAAGAUCAGCCGGUGCUUAGUGAAUGCGUUUGAGCGAUCAACAUGCAGCUUUGUUUGGAUCAAUCACAGAACUUAACUUGGAACUUGCUAUGGACCAGGCCGUAUCACUUAAUGCGGAACAUGAAUAUGUGCUUGGGCAGUUGAGAAAGUUCCAUUACCUUCAACUAUAUUCCGGAUCCGCACCUGCAUGUGUAGCAGUUCGAUUAAGUGCACCCAACUUGGAAUCGGCAGCAAUCGCGCUUGAAUCGUUGACAGAUGAGGAAUCCUUGUACCGAGAAGGUCCACUACUUGAACUGAAAGGUUGCUCAUGGCUGAAAUCAUUGGAAGUAGAUCUUAAAGGGCGUAUGUGGGAAAACUUCUUCUCAAUUGAGCGACCCUGUUUAGAGCGGCUAUUGCUUAGACGAGCCAGCGAUGAAUCGGAGGAAUAUGACUGGGAUAAGCUGUUCGGUAAUAUGCCUGGACUGCGUGAUGUGGAAAUGGUUUUCUCCAACGACGCGAUGCUAACUAGUUUGCGGCGCAAUUGCAGAAAACUUGAAAAACUAACCCUUAAUGGAUUCCGCUUUGAAGAUGGAUCAUUUGCGGAUAACAUGAACAUGAUUUCACUCACGGAACUGCAUAUGGAUGGUCGACUUCGGAGUGUGCUUUAUUCUAAACAGUCGACUCUCAGGCUUAACAAUAUGAAUAAACUUGUCUGGAAUUAUGUAAAAUUUUCUCGCGUCCAGUAUAUCUUCGUAAUCGACGCACCGAGGCUAGCUUCAGUGACAAUUCGAUGGUGUGAUUAUAGGCGCCUCCAGUUACGACCGGGCAGUCACCUCGAAUCCAUUGAUAUGGAUUACUACGGGAAUCAAACAGUAACACCCAAUUUCUUUAGCGCAUCUCUGGACCAUCUUCGUUGCGUUACCUUGUACAUCAACAGUAGUUCCCUAAUUUUAGUUGGCCAAAUGGCUAAUUUCUUGUGUUUGAAGCAACUUGAGAUAGUUUGUUCCACAGUAAAUCGCAGCUACGAUUGUAGCGCCCUCUUUGGAAGUAUAUGUUUAAGUUGUCUAGGGUUAGAGGAACUGACCGUUAGGAAUGAGCACGAGAAUCAGCUUACUGUUGAGUACACUCACCUAACGCAACUGGUGCACCUAACCCACUUGAAACAGUUGACUUUACAGUACAUCACAAUUACCAAUGUAUCCAGCGAAAUGAAGCUCGCCCAUCGAGUUAGAACCAACGUAAAGGGCUGUACAGCUGUAGAUAGUAGCGGUAUGCAAACAAGGUUUCCCAUUGAAAUGAUUAUAGAUUAAUAGGUUUUUUUUAAUUCUGUACCUCUUUUGGGUAUCAGGUUUUAUGAGAAUACCAGGCUUUUUAAUUUUUUGUAUGUUUUGUUAGGUUUUACGAAAAUAACAAAAUAUA